AGCCUGGAAUUUAAAACUAAACCAAAAGAAGCAAACAUGCUUUUUUAUUGUUUUUGUUUUGCCAGUGACCUUUUAAUCAUAACAGCGUCCUGUGCAGUCCGGCAGCCGCCGGGCACUUGUCAGCUGGGGAGAUCAGGGCCGGGGAAGGUGAAUUUGGCCGAGGGUCAGGGUUUUGUUUUGUGCUUGUUGCAGGACUGGGGCCCCUGCACAGACCUCAUAAAUCACGUUUGCCGCAUCAGCAGUAGCUGCCAGCGUCGGUCUGAGCAGCCUUCUUUCCAAGCCGACAAGUGGCUAAUCCAGAUGACCGCAGUCUCCGCUGUCCGCGAGCGAGUUCAGGAAGCUUCAGGAGGCGCCCGGGGAGAUGCCGCGGCGGUAGACGGCCGCAGUGCCGGCGGGGGCCUUGCUGGCAGGGCCGCGAGGGGCCAACCCGGAGCCGCGGCAGCUCCCGGCAGGUUCUUGUUUCGUCUGCGUUGUCCCUGCUGAACAGGGACCCAACGGCGCUGAGUCCCGGGUCCGAGCCGGGGUGGCCCCAGCAUCUUCCUUCAGCUGUUUGUGGCACGUUGAGGCAGCAGCGCCAGCCUGGAUCAAAGCAGGCCUCUCCACCUCUUUUCCCACAGAUGCCUCCACGCUAAGCAGAGGAGCUUGGAGCUGCUGCUGGGUGUGCUCGUCCUGGGAGCCUCAGCACUUUGCAAAUGAAGCCGUUUCCAGAAGCCUCGCUUGGGAAGGGGGAGCAGGAGGCGCAGAGACUUGCCCAGGGGCACGCGGAGAGGCGGUGGCAGAGGGAGAACUGCCCCUCGAGCCCCGAGCCUCGGAGUAGGGAGCAGCAGGUAGAGCUGCCCGGUCCCCUGGCACCUCCGGAUGAAGGGAGGAUGAGCGGCCCGCGGGGGGGCUCGGAGGGGGCUUCGGCUGGGAGCGAGCAGAGCAUGGAGCACAUCCAGGAGGUGCCAGGUGCAGAGAGGCAGGAGCUGGCCGUGCACGCUGGGGACAGUGACAGGACGGAGGAAGAUGCAGAAAGCCCCGAGGACCCGCUGCUGAGUUUUCCCACAGAGCUCUCGGUGCUGGAGCGGCUGGGCCUGCACAGAGCGGCUUUGACGGAGCAGGACGUGGAGGCCGCCUUCGCCCACCUGGCCCUGGCUUUUAGCUGCGACAUGUUCACCCUGCGGCAGCGGGUCGAGGUGGAGAAGCGGGCGCGGGAUGUGGCGGAGGAAAACAUCCAGGAGGAGCUGGGGCAGUGCCGGGCCGCCCUGGAGAGGCUGGGCCUGUCCUGCGCGGCCCCGGACGGCAGGGACACGCUGGAGCGGCUGCAGCGCAACCUGGCAGUGCUGGCGGCAGCCAUCGAGCGGGCAACCAGCGCCGCGGAGAAGCUGGGGGCCGUCCACCAGGAGGCCCGGAUGAGCCGAGCGGCGGAGGUGAUGGUCCAGCACGUGGAGAACCUGAAGCGGCACCACGUGCGGGAGCACGCGGAGCUGGAGGACAUGAAGCGGCUCAUCCAGCAAAACUCUCGCAACCGGCAGCUGGCGGAGACGCAGGAUGACGCGGAGCCGCGGCUGAGGCCUCACCCCCUGCUGCGCAAUUUCCAGCAGGUGUCGGCCCGCCGGAGGGUCAGCAUCGCCGUCGUUCCCAAGCAGCUCCUGGCAGGUACCGGCCUGGACGGCUGCGCGGAGCCAGCGCUGCCCCAGCCCAGCACCCCCAGGAGCGAGCCAGAGCUGCGGCCAAGGAGCACGGUGACGGGGGAGCCCAGGGAGAGCGAGGAGCCGGAGCAGCCGGAGCUCACGUCCAAGGUGUCCCCGAAGGAGCUGUGGUGGCCGUGGCUCUUCCUCCCACAGCACUACGGCAUUUUAAUCUGGCUGCUUCUCCUUGGCCUCGUCUUCCUCUUCCUCAUCCCUGUCCUGGAGCUGCAGAAGCUGCAACCCACAGCAUCACCCAAGGCCUAGCUGGAGCGGGGAGGAGGAGGCAGCUCCUUCCUACCUCCUCAGAAAAUCAAGACCUUAAAAUAAUAAAAUCUGAAAAAAAUUUGGGAUUUUU